AUGUCGCCCCCCCUGCCUCGAUCCCCCGAUUUUACCCUCCCUUCGUCCGGCGCCAUCCCCGCCCAAAAUACCACAAAUGGCCAACUUCUGGUCAUGGGUGCCGGUUUUGGCUGUACUGGGGGCCUCUUCAUUUUAGCUGCAAUCUUAUAUUGCAUUAUACUCUGUGUACAGAAAAGAGCUUCUACGUCCUGUGUCGGGGCCUAUGUGCCCCAAAAUAUUGAUGAAUUCGAGCAAGCUCUAGAGCUUGUCCGGCGGGGGGUAUUCCAGGCCGUCGGACAGCCCCCCCCCCCGCCCCGCCCAGCAACUUUCAAGGAGUGGUUCAAUGCCAAGUUCCUCCCCUGGGGCCCUAAGCCGGUGCCUGCUGGUGGUGGUGGUGGUGAGGGUGGUGAUGGUGGUGAGGGUGGUGAUGGUGGUGAUGGUAGUGGUGCUGGUGAUGGUGAUGCUGGUGCUGGGACUGGGGGUGCGGGUGCCGGUGGUGGUGGUGGUGCCGGUGGUACUGUUUCUGGGUCCCCAUAG